UUUUCUCUCCUCUUGUGUGCUCCAGGGGGACAGCAGGUGAAAACAGGUGAGUUCAGUUCGGGCGAUAUGGCGGCUGUAGGGGCCUCUUUGGCUGUGGUUAUCGUUCUCUGCUUGGUUUGCAUUGGACUGAUGGUGCACCGAAUCAAGGGCCAUAAUGCAGACUGGAAGAAGAUUUCCGAGGCUAGCGUCUUCCGUAGCACAUUUGGUGGAGGCUCGGGUGGUCCUAAAGAGGGUGUGCAGUACUGCAAUGAGGGCUUCCAGCACGAUGGUGAUUCUGGAAGCGUGAACACUAAGUUAGUUGCAGACCUGGAGAACAAACUGGAGUCCGGGCUGAAGCCACAGCAGAGACACGGGUCAGCGCAGGACAAUACGACCCCCAGCGCCGUUCUCCAGACCACCAGCGGCCCUCCACCCGACUCCAGCAGCCUGGCAGGUUCAGAAACCAUCGACGGCGAGAAGGAAGUCAAACCGAUCCUGACCAAAGAGCGGCGCAAUGAGGAGGGAUACAAAGCGGUUUGGUUUAAGCAAGAUAUCGACCCCAGCACCAAAGAGGAAGUGGUCAUCAUUCCCGAUGCUGGUGAAGCGGAUGGAGGCCGUGAGGAAGAUGACGACAUUGAGGAUGAGGACAACCUAAGGACUGACAUGGAUUCGGACGAUGAGGAACACUUUUGACAUUUUAGGACAGUAGAAGCUUUCAAAGAUUCCUUAUAAGUUCAUUUCGGUGUUUUAAAGUCUAUACAAAUGUUUUCCUUUUUCCUUUUACUUUCUGUUAACAAGUCUGUAAAUAUGGUGCACAAAAUGAAUUUAAUUUUCAGUUUCUAGCAUGAAAGGUCAAUGUGAAAUCAAAAUUGACUCUGUUUGCUUUCUAAAUAUAUGUUCUUGGUUUUUAUUGUGAAUGAUUCAUCAGUGUACAUUAUUGUGAAGAAAUAAAUUUCUUUCAAUAUCACUCAGAAAUACAUUAGAUAAUGGAUGUAAAAUGGGUUGUAAACUGUGUUUCACGUUGACUAAGUGCUGUGUACAAAAAUACUUUUAUUAACAGUAAUCAAUUUACAAUGUAAAUUGUUUAAUGCCAGUUCUUGGUAGAAAUUAAUUUACUGUAAAACGUGGAGAGAGAAAAAACA